AAGGAGAAAAUGUGUGUGUUUGUGAGUGAGAGAGCGAGAGAGGGAGAGCAUGUGUGAGGGGUGGGCGAUAGAAGAGUUUAUAAAGGCUUGUCAUUUCUAUUAGAGAUUAUUCACAGAAACCAAGAGGACCACUGAGAGAUAAGGGAGUAAACACACAGCAGUACCAUGAUGACCAUGCAGGCAGUUCUUCAGUUUGCGACAGUGUGUGCCAUUGUGAUGAUUGCUGCUUGCUAUGACUCUCAGGAGAGUCAUGAGUCAAUGGAAGAUGUGUUCGUCAGCCCGCGCCAAGCAAACACUUACUUGAACCCCUCAUAUGGCCAUCCAAGCACCUACAGGAAGAGGGUAAAGUCUCCAAUUGAGGUGAGGUCAGAGAUUUGUGAGGAUUAUUAUCCAUGCCGUCUCUUGGCCAGUGUCCAUGGUUACCAAACUGCUUAUCAGACAUACUUUGCCCGUCAGCAGCCUGGAAGCAGCUACCACCGUUACUGAGCAACUUCUUCACCAAUAUUUUCUGUAGCUGUAUGAAAACAAACACUGAUGUCUGACUUUUUUAAAACCAUAAGCAGCUCAGAGUUCAAUAUUAAUCAUAUGUUAAUGUAUAAACUCUUUGUGUAUCAAUUUAUUUAAUCCUUUUGCUGAACUGAGAUCAGAUAAAGAGCAACACUAAUGUUCUCAUAUCUUCGAUGUCCACUGUUCUGAGUAAAUGGUCUCUAAUUGCUAUGAUAUAAUCCUGGGCUAAUAUUAACUAUGUUACCAAUAGCAUUGUAGAAAUAUUAGGUAGCUAAGCUAGCUACCUACAGUCAUUAGCUUGAAGAGCAAGACAAGCACAUAACCAGAACUAGCAAGUUAGCUAACAUCAUCAGGAACACAACAGCUAGAUAAAUUCAAAAUAAUCGGAUGCUAAUCUAAGCAGUGGAUGGUGUGUAUGAAGGGGACAGCAUCAGGUUUGAUCAAAAGACUCUCGGCUAGCCUUAUCUAAUUAGCUUAGUUAUUUUCAGAAGACACCUUCAUAAAAUAUGCUGCCGGGUGAUAUUACAUUCUCCUCUUUGUAACAAAAAAAUCCAAUCACCAGUGGUAGGCAUAAAAAUAUUUUUAAAAAUAGGGUGGUAUGUACAUGCUUGAACAGUACAAUUACCUGUCAUAUUAAUAGCUAGUUUUCACAAAGGAUCAGCAAGUUUAUAUGGUUCAGUUGUAGCCUGAAAAGGAAAUAGGUAUAUUAAGUAGUUUUAAGCUGUGCCCAUGGUUUAAGCUGAGAUCACUGCAUCUAAUCUAAUACUACCCAAUUUUUUUCACAGAUAAGCUGUUGAAAAGGCAUUUUCCUUGUUUUCACUCCAAAGUUAUUAUGUUUCUGUAUUUUUGCUCUAAGUGCUCUCAUUGUGUAAACACAUCGUUUAUUGUUUCACCAUUAAAUCAUAUUCAUAUUCAGAA